AUGGGCAUAAUGGACAACGAGGUCUUUCAUUUCGAGGAUGAUGAUGACAGUUAUCAAUCCUCCAAUGAUGAGUACAGCGACGAGAAUGAGAAUGAACCAUGGGAAACCCGCAGCAGAAGAUCCACCAACCCAGAAGAUCAAGCUUCCAGGGAAUUUCCAGCAGAUCAAUUCUUAAGCAAAAUCAAUCUUCCCACCGGCCCCACCGUCAAGAUCGUCGUCAACUCGAAUGGCUCUAAACAGACUCUCAUUUUACCAAGAAGUCUCCUCUGUACACGAUCCCCCUUCUUCAACCUCGCUUUCAAUAGUAGCACUCUCAAAGAAUCCGCAUCUCAAUCCCAGGAACUCCAACUCCCCGAAACAUCCAUCGCGGAAUUCGAACUCGUGAUUCAAUUUCUCUCCACAGAUACCUUUACAUUCCCCAACAUCGUCAUCGACUCCCAAGAAAAACUCACUCUCUACCUCCUCUUCUUCAAAUCCUGCAAUCAAUUCUCCAUCACCGGUCUCUCCCCCAUCAUCAUCCGCUUUCGAAACUUCCUCCGCUGGUGUUCCGCCCGCGGCGAAUUCCCCGCUCGUUCUCACAUGCAAAUCGCCAUUUCACUCCCGGCUUCUCAUGAGGCGCGUAAGCUGGCUGUCGCUGCCUGCGUAAAACCGUAUGCGUGUUCGAUUACUAAAUCGAGCACGUGUUAUGGACGCGCGCUGUUUCAUCUGGAGAAGUAUGUGGAGGAGGAGACGCAGUUUGCGGCGGAUCUGUUCAGAGCGUAUACGAAGGCUGUGAGGGGCGCGUUGGGGACUCAUACGAUUGUUGAUCCGUUGACGGGGACGGAUUAUACGGUGAGUACGGGUGUGGCGUGUCAGCUAGAGAGGAGUAGGGGAGAUAGAUGCAUAAAUCAUUUGGGGAAGUUCUAGAGGUGCAGAGGGAUUUCUGGCUGAGAGAGUGGUGCGGAACGGGAGUUGAGGAUUGCGGAAUUUUUGCAUGAUUGAUAAGGAGUUAUUGGCGGUAUUUAGGAGCUACGACGGAUAGAAGAUGGAUAUCUCACUUAUCAGGAAUGAAUUAAUGAAUAUAAACAAUGCACUAACUAUACUUUUGCUUGCUUUCUUCACCGUCUUGGCAAAACGAAGCUCCAAGAAAAUCAAAAAAACUCUGAGAAAUUCACUACCCAAUCUCAUCAUUACCAACCGGCCCCACAAAAAAAUCACCCAAAAGUCCCUCCAAAGCAACCAGCAAAAUGGCAAAACUCUAGGACCGGACCCUAGAAUCCCAAUGAGCCAAAU